AUGGAGUUCUGGUUGAUCUCGGUUCCUCUGGAUAAAAUCAGCUGUCAGUCUUUAGAGAAACUCAAACGGGUCUCAGCCAAAACCGGUCUGGCCACGAGCUCCAGAAUCCACAUCCCAGAGCUGAAGGUGAGAAGAACGACCGUUAUGGAGUUCUGGUUGAUCUCGGUUCCUCUGGAUAAAAUCAGCUGUCAGUCUUUAGAGAAACUCAAACGGGUCUCAGCCAAAACCGGUCUGGCCACGAGCUCCAGAAUCCACAUCCCAGAGCUGAAGGUAGGAACGCUGGACGUGCUGCUGGGGGUCUCUGAUGACCUGUCCCGACUGGACUCCUAUACAGAGGGAGUUAUGCGUCAGACCUCUCAGUGUGUGGGUGAGGUGAUGGAAGAGUUCAGUGGAAAACUCCUGGAGAGCAUGCUGGUGAACGGAGUGGAUUUGGCAACAUAUGUGACCAGGUUUCAAUGGGACAGAGCGAAAUACCCCACUGCACAGCCUCUGAAAACCCUCACUGACAUAAUCUCCAAACAAGUUUCUCAGGUGGACACCGAGUUGAAAUCACGCAGGGCUGUUUACAGUCAUGUGAAUGCCAGUAUUCAAAGCUUUGAGCGAAAAACUGAGGGAAGCUUGCAGACCCGUGCAUUGACCAAUAUUGUGAAAAAGGAGGACUUGGUUUUGAAUUCAGAGUACCUCACAACAUUGCUAGUUGUGGUGCCAAGAAUGGCAUAUGCACUGUGGGAGAAGACAUAUGAGUCGAUGUCAAAGUUUGUGGUUCCUCGUUCCAGCCGGUUGUUGGUUGAGGAUGCAGAUGCAGGGAUUUUCACAGUAACCCUGUUUAAGAAUGUCAUUGCCGAAUUCAAAACCAAUGCCAAAAAGCACAAGUUUACAGUGCGGGAAUACAACCUGGAUGAAGCCGAGAAGCAAAUGCAGGAGAUGAGCCGUCUCACUGUGAAUAAGAAGGAACUGUGUAGAACAUUUGUGUGCUGGCUAAAGGUAAACUUCAGUGAGAUCUUUGUGGCCUGGAUUCACAUCAAGGUCCUCCGUACAUUUGUUGAGUCAGUUCUCAGGUAUGGUCUGCCGGUCAGUUUCCAAGCUAUUUUGCUACAGCCCAGUAAGAAGAACAGAAAGCAGCUAAGGCAGCAACUCAACUCUUUAUUCAAACACCUCGACCCAGCAGCGGCGACUGGUAAACCAGAUGUGGGGCUUGAUAUCCCAGACGGAAGCAGUGGCCAGCAGGAAUAUUUCUCCUACAUCUUUUAUCCGAUCACAAUUCAUUUGCCACAGGAGGGCUUUGGGCACAUCUCAAUAGGGUGCAUAAAGUGUCUUAAAAGGUUUACAGUGCGGGAAUACAACCUGGAUGAAGCCGAGAAGCAAAUGCAGGAGAUGAGCCGUCUCACUGUGAAUAAGAAGGAACUGUGUAGAACAUUUGUGUGCUGGCUAAAGGUAAACUUCAGUGAGAUCUUUGUGGCCUGGAUUCACAUCAAGGUCCUCCGUACAUUUGUUGAGUCAGUUCUCAGGUAUGGUCUGCCGGUCAGUUUCCAAGCUAUUUUGCUACAGCCCAGUAAGAAGAACAGAAAGCAGCUAAGGCAGCAACUCAACUCUUUAUUCAAACACCUCGACCCAGCAGCGGCGACUGGUAAACCAGAUGUCCAUCAUGCCGUCAAAACUACUGGAGAGAUCAAGAGAGUAAACCUCAUCCCUGAUCUGGUCGGAAAGCCCAUGCAGAAAAUGGUCCAACUGAGCCUUGGUGCUCCAGCCACAGGAAGCCACAAGGGUGCAGAAUUCAGUGGAGAAAUCAGACACUGA